CGAGCGGGAGGGACCGAGCGAGGGAGCGAGGGGAGCGGCGUCGCCGGAGCCAAGCCGCGCCGCCGGCCCGCCAGCCCGCGCUCCAGUCCGCCGUGUCUAGCAGCGGGGCCCAGCAUGGUCAUGGCGGAUGGCCCGAAGCACUUGCAGCGCGGGCCGGUCCGGGUGGGGUUCUACGACAUCGAGGGCACGCUGGGCAAGGGUAACUUCGCUGUGGUGAAGCUGGGGCGGCACCGGAUCACCAAGACCGAGGUGGCGAUAAAAAUAAUAGAUAAAUCUCAGCUGGAUGCAGUGAACCUUGAGAAAAUCUACCGAGAAGUACAAAUAAUGAAAAUGUUAGACCACCCUCACAUCAUCAAACUUUAUCAGGUAAUGGAGACCAAAAAUAUGUUAUACCUUGUGACAGAAUAUGCCAAAAAUGGAGAAAUUUUUGACUACCUUGCUAAUCAUGGCCGGUUAAAUGAGUCUGAGGCCAGGCGCAAAUUCUGGCAAAUCCUGUCCGCUGUUGAUUAUUGUCAUGGUCGGAAGAUUGUGCACCGGGAUCUCAAGGCUGAAAAUCUCCUGCUGGAUAGCAACAUGAACAUCAAGCUAGCAGAUUUCGGUUUUGGAAAUUUCUUUAAAAGUGGUGAACUGCUGGCAACGUGGUGUGGCAGCCCCCCUUAUGCAGCCCCAGAAGUCUUUGAAGGGCAGCAGUAUGAAGGACCGCAGCUGGAUAUCUGGAGCAUGGGAGUUGUUCUUUAUGUCCUUGUCUGUGGAGCUCUGCCUUUUGAUGGACCGACUCUUCCAAUUUUGAGGCAGAGAGUUUUAGAAGGAAGAUUCCGGAUUCCUUAUUUCAUGUCAGAAGAUUGUGAGCACCUUAUUCGAAGGAUGUUGGUCCUAGACCCGUCCAAACGGCUAACGAUAGCUCAAAUCAAGGAGCAUAAAUGGAUGCUCGUAGAAGUUCCUGUACAGAGACCUGUUCUCUAUCCACAAGGGCAAGAAAAUGAACCAUCCAUUGGGGAAUUUAAUGAACAGGUUCUGCGAUUGAUGCACAGCCUUGGAAUAGAUCAGCAGAAAACCAUUGAGUCUUUGCAGAACAAGAGCUAUAACCACUUUGCUGCCAUUUAUUACUUGUUGGUGGAGCGCCUGAAAUCACAUCGGAGCAGUUUUCCCGUGGAGCAGAGACUCGAUGCCCGCCAGCGGCGGCCUAGCACCGUGGCUGAACAAACAGUUGCCAAGGCACAGACGGUGGGGCUCCCAGUGACCGUGCACUCACCAAACAUGCGGCUGAUGCGGUCCGCUCUCCUCCCUCCGGCGUCCAACGUAGAGGCCUUUUCAUUCCCGGCAUCUGGCUGCCCGGCGGAAGCAGCAUUCAUGGAAGAGGAAUGUGUCGACACGCCAAAGGUAAACGGCUGUCUGUUGGACCCCGUGCCCCCUGUCCUGGUGAGGAAGGGGUGCCAGUCGCUGCCCAGCAACAUGAUGGAGACUUCCAUCGAUGAGGGGCUGGAGGCAGAGGGAGAGGCUGAGGAAGACCCCAGUCAGGCCUUCGAUGUGUUCCAGGCCACACGCAGUGGGCAGAGGCGGCACACUCUCUCAGAAGUGACCAAUCAGCUGGUCGUGGUGCCUGCUUCAGGGAAAAUUUUCUCCAUGAGUGACAACCCCUCCCUUGACAGUGUGGACUCUGAGUAUGAUAUGGGGUCUGUUCAGAGGGACCUGAACUUUCUGGAGGACAACCCUUCCCUUAAGGACCUCAUGUUAGCCAAUCAGCCCUCCCCACGCAUGACGUCUCCCUUCAUCAGCCUGAGACCUGCCAACCCAGCCAUGCAGGCUUUGAGUUCCCAGAAGCGAGAGGCCCACAACAGGUCGCCAGUGAGCUUCAGAGAGGGCCGAAGGGCGUCGGACACCUCCCUCACCCAAGGAAUUGUGGCAUUUAGACAACAUCUUCAGAAUCUGGCCAGAACCAAAGGAAUCCUAGAGCUGAACAAAGUGCAGCUACUGUAUGAACAAAUAGGGCCAGAGGCAGGCCCUGACUCGCCACCCGCUGCUCCUCAGCUCCAGGGCCUCGCCGGCAGUUGCCCUCAGGAGGAAGUUUCUCAGCAGCAGAAAACGGUCCCUGCCGUGCCCAGCAGUGUGCAUCCUCAGCUUUCCCCACGCCAGAGCCUGGAAGCCCAGUAUCUACAGCAUAGACUCCAGAAGCCCAGCCUUCUGUCAAAAGCCCAGAACACCUGUCAGCUUUAUUGUAAAGAACCACCACGGAGCCUUGAACAGCAGCUGCAGGAACACAGACUCCAACAGAAGCGACUCUUUCUCCAGAAACAGUCCCAGCUGCAGGCGUACUUUAAUCAGAUGCAGAUAGCAGAGAGCUCGUACCCGCCGCCGAGUCAGCAGCUGCCCCUGCCCCGCCAGGAGACAGCCACGGCCUCGCCGCAGCCCCCGCCCUUCAGCCUGCCCCAGCCCCUGAGCCCCGUCCUGGAGCCCACUUCCGAGCAAAUGCAGUACAGCCCCUUCCUCAGCCAGUACCAGAUGCGGCUGCAGCCCCUGCCCUCUGCGCCCCGCCCCCGGGCUCCGCCGCCGCCGCCGCCGCCGCCCCCGGCGCAACAGGCAGGGGCCGCCCCGACCCCCUUACCGUUCUCCUAUCAGACUUGCGAGCUGCCAGGGGCUGCUUCCCCGGAGCCAGACUACCCCCCUCCCUGCCAGUACCCCAUGGAUGGAGGCCCGCAGAGCAGCCUAGCAGCACAGGACUGUCCCCGGAGCUCGGGACUGCAGGAGGCCCCCUCCAGCUACGACCCUCUAGCCCUCCCAGAGUUCCCCGGACUCUUCGAUUGUGAAAUGCUGGAGGCUGUGGACCCACAGCACAGUGGCUACGUCCUGGUAAAUUAACCUCAGCACAGGAAGUGAGGCGGGUCAAGUGAAGGAAGAAUGUCUAUUUCUCUUUUUAUUCCAGCCUUUUAAAUUUAAAGCUUAUUUUCCUGCCCUCUCCCAACUGGAGAAAAAGUUAAGUUGCCCAACUGGAAUCAGAGGGCCUGGCCGGGCACAUGUCGCUUUCUCCUGGCUCUGCCCCACCACCAUCUUCUGGGGCAAGUGCCGGAGUGUAGUGGUAGCUGAGGCUCAUGCCCUUACGUCAAGUGGAGCCAGCUCUCAUGGGAGGACUGACAGAUGUUUUUGUAAGAAGACAUGUGGCCCUAGGUUUUCUGUAGAACGACGCCAAUUGUUAUCAAGGGAAACCUUUGGUAGAAGCAGGAAAAACUGUGCCAUUGGAUGUGGGCAAAACAAAAACAAAACAACACUAGAUUUUUCACUGAAGCCAAGCAACAGCACGUUCUGUUAGGCAAGUGAAGAAUAUGUAAUGGACUUUGAUGCACGGGAAGUAAAAGAAAAGUUGUGCUUGGUCACUGAGUCCUGAGUUUGAAGCUGCAGGUUGUCCCUGAGACCACUGCAACGAAGUGGAACGUGAGCUUUGCUUCAGGGGCCACAAAGCCACAGCUGGCACUGACCCCGGAGACGGGCAGUCGUCUCCACCUGGGAGCAGUGGCACCCCUCUUCCGAAGGUUCCCGGGGUGCAGAGUGGACUCGGGGCUCCAGUGCUGUCACCUGUGGAACCACGAGACCCAGCACAGCGGGGGGGGGGGGGGGGGCGAGGGAUGAGCUGCGAGGAGCCCUUGGGGGCAGCAGCGCUGGGCCCAGGGAAGACGAGCUGUCCCUGCUGAGUCUUUGGUGUAGACUGCUGGUCUGGGGCGGUUGGUCUCCAGAGGACCUCGCGUCUCUUUUAAAAUGGAAUAACUACUUUGACUCUACACUCGAUGUUGCAGGUAGUUUACUGAGCUUUGUACAUUUGGACAGUUUCAUAUAGGGCUUAGGAAUUUCAAGGACAAGAAACAUGAACUUUGAUCUCCCAUGUGAAGUGGUAGUGCUGUGCCUUUUUUCCCCCAGAUCAUGCUUUAAUUCUUUCUUUUCUGUAGAAACCAACAGUUUUCCAUUUAUGUCAAUGCUAAAUCCAAAGUUACUUCGGAGUUUGUUUUCCACCGUGUGGGAAUCGCAUUCUUAAUUUCCUUAAAAGUUCUGACUUGUAACAAAACGUUCAAGUAUUACAGCAAUAUUUAAAACCACAAAUGUGUUAACCAUCUAGCAGAUCAUCUGCCAGACACGUUCUAUGACUAGUGAAAACGUAACCUUAACCCUUCCAAUUCUCUCAUCAGAGUAAGUAAAAGCUAGAUGCACCAGCUAGUUAACCGUAUACCUAGAAGUAACAACCUGUCGCUUGGACAGCAACAUCCCAAUGUUACAACCCAGUGUUAUUGACAAAGACUGUCGUUUCUGUCCUGUAGAAUGGCUUGUCCUAUCAGCAGAUGAAUGCACUAAGCACAAAGCGUCACAAAGCACAAAGAAGAGAGACACUACACUGAUGCUGCAUCUAGAAACACCUUUAAGUUGCCUUUCCUCAUUGUAGUGGGUGUCCAGGCAGGUGAGAAGCGUGCCCCAGUCCCUCCCAGCGUGGGUGAUGUGAGCAGUCCUUGGUGCGGGCUCUGCUGGGGUGAAGCGUCCAGGUGUUAGCAAGACAGGGUGCCCAUGGAGGACUGUCGUUUUUGUGAUGUAACAACUCAUGAAAACCCAGUAGGAAUGAAUUCUGUUCCUUCUGUGGAUUGUCUGUUCCUCCUCAUACUUAAGAGUGAUGAUUUCAUGAAAUAGAGAACAUCAUUUAAGCGAUCCUUUCAUUAAGAUCUCUAAUCUGUUUUUAGUCUUUGCAAAAUAAGCCAGUUAUGAAAUAGGGCUUGAUUUGUUUAGACUAAAGGAUAUUUUUCCAAAAUAUACUACAGAGGCACUGUCAUGUUUAUGAAAUUAAAAUGCCUCCCAGCCUGAAACUGGGGCGGCAGGAGUGGCACUUAAAGGCUGACACCGAGGCUGCCCCCCGCCGCCCCAGCCAGGAGCCCCAAGUCCGGGAACCCUUGGAGCGGCGUGGCCGACUGCGGCCGGGCCCAGGGCACGGCAGGAGAGGCUGCUGGUGUUUGCAGGGCCUAGAGCUGCACGCGGGGAAGCUCCCCGCAGGGGCUCGGUGCGGGGGCCCUGCCGCCGAGCAUGAGCCGCCCUCCGGACCUGGGGCGUAAGCUAUUUGCUUUUCUCCUUUCAAGCAGAAAUCAAUAAAUUCUGUAACGGUCCGUCUUUACUGAAAUGUCAGCUGGUGAGAGGAAACUAGUGACGGUCGGUAAAGUGUGCUCCCCGCCCCGUGGGAUUGCCUCCAUGGCUCUGUCCCCUGACCGGUGCCCUCCGGCCACUUCUGAGUGGCUUCCACACACACUAAAACAACACUAAGAAGGCUUCGUACCGCUCUUUUUACGAGAGGCUACUUUGAAAUAAGGACUUUCUUUCCAGGUUGUUUCACGUUAGCGUGUCUACACUACUGUAUAGUAAUCAUUCGCUUUAUUAUCUUGUAAACCAGGCUCCUCUGAAGAGACUUGGGGAGAUGAACUGGAGGUAAAAAUUUCAUUC